UUUUUGAGUCCCUGGUGCUUGAUUGUAAAGGAAUUGAUGCCAUUCACCGGCCACGCGCUGCCAUGGUGAUUAGGCAUGGAACUGCAGCUUUGUCCCGGAUUGGAAGGAGACACCCCUUCCUGUUUGGUGUAGCCAUGUCUGCCAUCAAAACCAGCGCCUCUGACUUUAUGGCACAGACUGUAGUGGAGCGGAGGGAACAGGUGGACCUACGUCGCAAUCUGAUCUUCUGCACUUGGGGCCUCCUCUACCUGGGCGGUGUGCAGUAUUUCAUUUACGUCCAUCUCUUCGCCCGGCGCUGGUUUCCUGAUGCGAUGGCUUUCGCAGCAAAAAGCUGGCGCGCGAAGCUCGCGGACACUGCCGGCCAGCGGACGGUAUUGAAGCAGGUGUUUCUGGAUCAGUUUGUGCACCAUCCCUUCAUCCUUUUCCCAGCCUUCUACCAAGUGAAGGAGUUCAUUGAAGGUGGUACACCAUCCGAAGGUUGGCGGAAGUUUCGCCAGAAUCAGGUGGAAGACCUGAAAUUAACCUGGUCUGUGUGGAUCCCAGUCUUUCUGCUGAACUUCUCCUUUAGUCCACUUUGGAUGCGCGUGCCAGUCGUGGCGAUUGUGUCCUUUGGCUUCACCACGGCUCUCUCCUGUCUCAGAGGAGCACCAGAGCAAUGAUCGAAAGCCUGGAGAGACCUGCCAGGUCAAACUUCGCCGCUAACAAGGUGGCGUUCGCAGAACCAUUCGCAGCCAACGAGCCUGCGGAGCGGAGAAUCUGGUGGCCUCUGUGUUCCAGAGACCACCUCCAAACAUGGAACUGUUUAGGGCUAAGCCAGGCUGUCCAGCCUCGGUCUCUUCUCAAGGUGGGCAGUAGCGAAGUCUGAU